UCGAACAGCGGCAACAGCGAAUCGCGAGGCACGAGUUCUAUUAUUUUCACAUAGAAAUUGAUAAAAAAUAACAAGAAACAUGUUUGGUGGACAGCAACCAAUACUCGUGUUGAGUCAAAACACAAAAAGAGAAUCGGGCCGCAAAGUGCAGUUGGAGAAUAUUCAAGCCGGAAAGGCUAUUGCCGAUGUGAUACGCACCUGCUUGGGCCCCCAGGCCAUGCUGAAAAUGUUGAUGGAUCCCAUGGGCGGCAUUGUGAUGACCAACGAUGGCAAUGCAAUAUUGCGUGAGAUAACUGUGCAGCAUCCAGCAGCAAAGAGCAUGAUUGAAAUUGCACGUACGCAGGAUGAGGAGGUUGGUGAUGGUACCACCUCUGUGAUUGUCCUGGCUGGUGAAAUGCUAGCCGCCGCCGAACCAUUCCUGCAGCAGCAAAUCCACCCAACAGUGAUCAUUCGAGCCUAUCGUGAAGCCCUCGAAGACAUUGUCAAUCAUUUGCAGACCGAUUUGAGUGUCCAGUUGGAUGUCAAGGAUAAAGCCAAAAUGGCUGAUGUGGUCAAGGCCUGCGUUGGUACCAAAUUUAUUGGCAAGUGGUCUGACAUGGCUGUGAAGAUUGCUUUAGAUGCUGUUGAGACUGUGACGCUGAAUGAAAACGGUCGAUUGGAGGUGGACAUUAAGCGCUAUGCAAAAGUGGAGAAGAUUCCCGGUGGCGCUAUUGAAGAAUCCUGUGUGCUGAAAGGUGUUAUGCUCAACAAGGACGUAACACACCCUAAAAUGCGUCGGUACAUUGAGAAUCCACGCAUUGUACUGCUGGAUUGCUCACUUGAAUACAAAAAGGGCGAAAGCCAAACCAAUGUUGAAAUCAUUGGCGAGCAGGACUUUACGCGCAUGCUGCAAAUUGAAGAAGAGUUUGUGCAGCGCGUCUGUGCUGAUAUUAUUGCAGUAAAACCGGAUCUGGUAUUCACUGAAAAGGGUGUCUCUGAUCUGGCACAGCAUUAUCUGCUUAAGGCGGGCAUCACUGCCAUUCGACGUCUACGCAAGACGGACAAUUUGCGCAUUGCUCGCGCCUGCGGUGCUACCAUUGUGAACCGUACUGAGGAGCUGACAGAGAAGGAUGUUGGCACUGGUGCCGGACUAUUCGAGAUAAAGAAAAUUGGUGACGAGUACUUCACAUUUGUCACUCAGUGCAAGGAUCCCAAGGCCUGCACUAUACUGCUGCGUGGUGCCAGUAAGGACAUUCUCAAUGAAACGGAGCGUAAUCUGCAGGAUGCCCUUCAUGUGGCACGCAAUCUAGUGCUUGAACCACGUCUGGUGGCCGGUGGUGGUGCUGUUGAAAUGGCAGCAUCCCAGUUACUAACCCGCAAGCAGGUGAAAGGACCGUACACCGCCGUGGCGCGUGCCUUGGAGAUUAUACCGCGCACACUGGCCCAAAAUUGCGGCGCCAAUACCAUUCGCGCCUUGACCGCUCUGCGUGCUAAGCACGCCUCUCACACCGGCGACGGAGUCUGUGCCUGGGGCAUUGAUGGCGAGUCCGGUGAGAUUGUCGACAUGAAUGAGAAGAAUAUUUGGGAGCCACUUGCCGUCAAACUGCAGACCUACAAGACUGCAGUGGAGACUGCUAUUCUGCUGCUGCGCAUCGAUGACAUUGUGUCGGGAUCGAAGAAGCGUGGCGGCAACGAACCGACCAAUCCAGCAGCCAUGGCUCAGGGUCAGGAGUAGGCUGAGAACAACAAAUACAUUUGUAUUAAUAAUUCUUAAUAUUUUAAUACUUAAUUUAAAACACAAACACAACAAAGCGUGUGCACACACAUAAACACACACAAAUGUCUAACAUUUCGCCAGUUCCCUCAUAUGAAAAAAUUCUUGUUGCAUUUGCUCUCAUUAACAGCACACAAAUAAAACGAUAAUAAACCAAAA